CUAAACCUUGGCCAGGGUUUAAGAACUUUAAGCCAUUGGCGGCUCGUCCCUUCCUUCUCUUUCCUUCACAAGUUUCAGUGAAACCCAUCAACUCCGAAAUAGCACCAAGAUGGUUUUAUCAAACCGAAAGCUGAAGCAACAGCUCAGGGAGAAGAUAGCCGAUUCUUUAUUGACAUUCGAAAUCGUUAAGUCCGACCCGAGCAAUGACGGGUCUGCAAACCCUGACCCGAAUCCGCAGCAGCCCCAAUCGCUGAGAGCGCUUCUGGGUUCGGCGAACCCGAAGCCCAGCUUGUCGAAGCGAGCGAAAAGGAGAAAGAUCGCCGCUUUGAGAGGUCCGGCGGCGAGUGGCAGCGGCGGUAAUUUUGAGGAAAAUGAGGGGGAUGAAAUUAGGUCAGAGGAAUUGGGGGUUGAGAAGGAAAAGAGUGGAGCUUUGGGUUCGGAGGGAAAUGGGGAUUUGAAGAAGGAAAUUGGGUCGGAGAGUUUGGGGAAGAAGAAGAAGGAAAAGAGUGGAGAUUUGGGUGCAGAGGGAAACGGGGAUUUGGAGGAAGAGAAAAGUGAGAUUGGGUCAGAGAGUUCGAGGAAGAAGAAGAGGAAGAGAGAUGAGGAAGAAAAGAGUGGAGAUUUGAGUUCAGAGGAAAAUGGGGGUGUGAAGGAGGCUAAGAAACCAAAGAAGAAGAAGCCUAAGUGGAAGAAGAAGAAGGAGGCAAAGAGUGAGGAAGAGAAGGGUUUUGAGGUUGUGAGGGAAGACAAGAAGGGUUUUGAGGUUGUGAGGGAAGAGCAAAGUGUCAAUGAGACUACUAUGGAAACUGAAAGGCAAGCAAAUGGGGAAGUUACAACAAAAGUUUACGUUGGAGGGAUUCCUUAUUACUCGACGGAGGAUGAUAUUCGAAGUUACUUUGAAAGCUGUGGCUCCAUUACUGAGAUUGAUUGUAUGAAGUUUCCUGACAGUGGGAAGUUCAAAGGAAUUGCCAUUAUUAGCUUUAGGACGGAAGCUGCUGCUAAACGAGCAUUGGCUCUUGAUGGAGCUGACAUGGGUGGACUGUUUCUGAAAAUCCAGCCUUACAAAACAACUCGGGUCAAUAAAGUAGUCAAUAAAGUAUCUGAUUUUGCCCCAAAAAUUGUGGAGGGCUACAAUAGAAUCUACGUUGGAAAUUUGUCUUGGGAUAUCACUGAGGACGAACUGAGGAAACUUUUCUCAGAUUGCAAGAUAUCGUCUAUCAAUUUUGGCAUGGAUAAGGAAACAGGAGAAUUCCGAGGCUAUGCCCAUGUGGAAUUUUCCGACAGUCUCUCACUGACAAUGGCAUUGAAGUUGGAUCAGAAGAUUGUUCUAGGGAGACCUGUCAAGAUAAGCUGUGCAGUUCCUCUAAGAAAACCAGGGAUCCAUCCCAAGUCUGUAUCCACAACUACAGGUACCCCUUCGGAGGCUGUAGCUACUACUGCAAGUGCAGGAGCUGAUAAUACCGGGUUGAGUGCCAUCAGUGGUAAGCUUAAGAGAAGGACCUGCUAUGAGUGUGGUGAAAAGGGCCAUGUUUCUUCACUUUGUCCAAUGAAGCAACCUGUGAAUGUAGUAGAUACUAAUGCAUCCUAUACAGAGCCUGUAAUGAGUACAAGUAUGAUUUUGGAGUCUGUAACAACAAGUACAGAAGCUGCUAAUACUGAUUUGAGCUCUGUCAGUGGUAAGAUUAAGAGAAGGACAUGCUAUGAGUGUGGUGAAAAGGGCCAUGUUUCUACAGCUUGUCCAAAGAAGCAAUCUGCUGGUGCAAUAAUAGAUACCAAUGCCACCCCUACGACGCCUGUACAUACAAUUACAAGUCCUGUAUGGGAGUCCGUAGCUAUAACUCCAAGUACAGGAGUUGAUAAUACUGGGUUGAGUUCCAUCAGCGGUAAGAUUAAGAGAAGAACAUGUUACGAAUGUGGGGAAAAAGGUCAUGUUUCUACAGCUUGUCCAAACAAACAAUAUGCUCUGCCAAUAGAAACCACUGCAAGUCAUAUGAAGCCUGUACCUACAACGCCAACACCCCUUCUGGAGUCUGCAGCUACAACUACAAGUACAGAACCCGAUAAUGCUGGGUUGAGCUCCAUUAGCGGUAAGAUUAAGAGAAGGACGUGCUAUGAGUGUGGUGAAAAGGGCCAUAUAUCUUCAGCUUGUCCAAAGAAACAAUCUGUCGAUAACAAUGCAAGCUGAUAACUUAGGCAUGUAGGCAGGGUCCUAUGGUUGUCAUUCAUUUGUUUUCCUAUUCAUUAUAUUUAGGUAAAACAGAUUGACCCUCUCACAAACAAGUAUUGUUUGAAUCGGCUGGAAAAGCCACAGGUUGUUGUUGCUAGUGAGACCAAUACUGUGAAAUUUUGUUUUGUUCAAUCAGCUUACUUUGAGGCAAACAUUUGUAUAAGUGAGAUCA